GACACCGCUCGCUGCGCUUUCUCACGCGAAAUUUGAAUUCUACGUGGAAGUCAGCGGAACUGAGCGGGCCUGGUGUGUGCUACUUCGUGCUGCCUGAAAAAAUGCAGUGUUUGGUCUCAUGACAGGCAGAGUGUGUUCGCCGGAUUGACACAUUUUUAAGGGUGUACUCGGAUGUGACCUUCGAGGAUUCUUUGUAGAAAUGGCCAAGUUCCAAACAGAUUCAACCAGUAUGACUGCUGAGGAACUCAAAACCAAACUUUACCAUUCCUUCCGACAAAAAGGUGUAGUGGACUCACUCAAGACUGAACUGAGGACUAAACUUGUGAAUGAACUGCUUGUCUCCUAUUCCAGUCAUCAUCCACCAACUUCACCAAAAGCAGGCACUCAAGAUGAUGGAAGUAGCCCAUUAAUGCACAGAGCUGCUAAUAGUUUAGUAGCAGACCAUCUUAGACGAUGUCAGUAUGAAUACACUCUAGCCGUCUUUCUCCCAGAAAGUGAGACGGGAAAAGACCAGAUAUUUACCACUAGGGAGUUGUUGGGAAUGCUGUCUAUUCAUCCAGAUUCACUGUUAUUCAGACGAGUGACAGAAAAUAUCCGUGGAUAUCAUCCAAAAGGUCUUCUGUGGCAACUUCUUUGUGAAUUGACAUCAAAUUUUGGCAGAUCCUGUGAGAAGGCAACUCAAGUCGACAUUUUGACAACACCAGCUAAUACAAUUGAGAAGAAGCUUACCGCUGUGGAUGAACUGUUUGACGGUGGAAUGGAUGGAUUUCAUGAGAGCAAUCAGCAUGGAAUGCAGGCAAAACUACUGUCAUUUCAACGAAAAAUGGAAGCCCGAACUAAGGAAGAAAUCACAAAGGAGGUCUGCCGGUUUAAGGAAAGCGAAGGCAAGAGAAUUGAGCUUGAAGAACGAGAGAAAUGUCGGCAGGAAAUUGCCAAGUCAAGAAGAGAGAUGGAGAGUGCAUACCAAGCAAAGGUUGAAGCUCUGCAGGAACGAGAAAGAAGUACUAUUGAAAGAAUUCAACAUCAUCAAGAGAAGGUAGAACGUGAGACCUACUCUCAAAGGCAGAGCCUACUGGAGGAAUUACAGGCAUUGAAGCAGAAAGAAGUAGAACUGAAAAGAGAGGCCGAGUUGCAUAAAAGGGCAAUGAACGUGGAAGAGAGCAGACGGAAAAAUAUGGAAGAAAACUUGAAGAUACGGGAAGCAUCCAUAGCAACAAUUGAAGACACUUAUGACAAAAGAUUCAAGGAAAAGAUACGACAGCAUGAAGUAGAGCAGGAGGUUAAAUUUGCUGAGAAGAUCCAAGAUCUAGAGAAGAGAGAAGCUAGAAUCAAAGAGCAUCAGAAACAUCUUCAGCAGGAGCAAGAAUCACUCAAUAACCUGAAGGAAGAGCUUAAAGAAAGGAAAAGCAGGAUUGCAGAGCUUGAGGUGUUGUACCAGCAGUCUAAAUUUGAAGGUGUAGCUGUGGGUAAGCGGAAUGAAUUAUUAGCUGAACGACUGAAGGAUAUGAUGGAUUACCACACUAUCAAAGAGGAUAAUGCAGUGCUCAGAAGAGAACUCCUGAAUGAAAAACGGAGAUUGGCAGAAGUUAUCAAUGAGCAGAAGAUUGAACGCACACGUCAUGAGGAAGCACUAGGUGUCAUCACAGAGAAAAUGUCUCAACCGUCGCCUCAAGUUGUCACAUUACGGACAGAGCUGCAAAAGGCAAAGAGCUUGUUAGAUCAAGAGAGGAAUUUAUUACAGCAUAAAGAGGCUCAACAUCGCGCCACUCUACAAGAGGAGCGUGAUCGUAACAAUGAGCUGAAGAGACAAUUAGAAGAGCAAGGAAAUCAGAUGAGAGAGAUGAAGAGUCAGAUAGAUGAUUUGAGACAGACACUAAGGCAGACACAGAUGGCUUUGAGUAAUGAGGUUUAUCGAAAGACUUCCACUGCACUAGUAGCCCAUGCUUCAAGGUCUCCCACCUCUGUAGGUGAACAUCCUGAACAUGACCAUGUGGAUCAUUACAUAGAUACAUCUCUGCGGCAAACACGUAUACAACAACAUCUCCUAUUGGCUGAUCAGGGAGGUUUUGAUAGUGACCACAGUGACCUUUCACCUAAUGCUUCUUUAGCAUUUCUAGAAGAUACUAAGGCAAGAUUCCAGCAGCUGGAAAAAGAAGCUGAGACCCUUGAACAGAAUUACCAGAAUUUCCAGCAUCGUGUGAGCAAUUACCAUGCUCCACCAAUCAGUCCUCCUCGUCAUCGUCAUCAUAUGGUACCUACUGAUGUAAGACGUUCCAGUGAUUCUCCAGAUGUAUCAUCUUGGAGUAAACAAGUUUGUACUGACAAUGGACCGGUACAAAAUCAAGCCAUGAAGCCACCUCCAUUGGGUGAGGAAACAAGUUCAGCAAGUAAUCAACCAGAAGUACUUGGAGCUGUACCAUUAUCAACGAGAGGGGUGUGGAAUCCUGCCAGCUAUCAGGGAUAUUUAACACCAUCAGAUAAACCAGUUCUUGUUGAAGACCAACAAGAUCCAAACCACUCUCCAGUAAAGUAUUCGUCUUUAGUUCCUUCAGUAAAAGUGCCCUCUGAAGUAUCCUCUGGCACUUUAUUAGAGACACCAAAACCCAGCCAACAAUCAGCGACUGUAGAGGACGGUGUACUGACUUCAUUACUUCCUUGUUCACCAAGCCAAGUGUUUCCUUCCAAAAAAGCAAAUUUUUCAGAUGGUAAAUCAUUGGAAGAUUUACUAUCAGUGGAAGACAAAACUGAUAGGAACGGGACUGAGGUUGAGGAGGGAACAGCAGAAGAGAACCAACAAGAUGACGUCUUAAGACGUAGAAUGGAAGAAGCAGAAGAAAGGGAGCAACGUGAGUGGGAAGAGAAGCGUAAGAAACAGGAAGAGGAGAGGCUACAACGGGAGCAAGAAGCAAGAGAAAGAGAGCAAGCUAUGUUAAUGGAACUACAGAGACAGGAACAAGGUUUAGACUCAGGCACUCAACAGGAAAGGGCAGACAAUGAUAGUAAAGAGUCUGACAUUAAUCCAAAGGAAACAGAUAUACCUCCUCAAGCACCUGCUCAAGGAGACAAGACAAACAGUGAGAGCUUGAAGAUUGACCCCAUCAUGCAAAAAUAUAUGAAGAUGUUACAAGAGAAGAAGCAAGAAAAUCUACAGGAAAGAAAGUCAUCUGUAGUGAGUAACCAUUCUGAUGCAGCAUUCAGUAUGGCCUAUGAUGUUGAAGGAGCUGAUGAACCUAGCAGUACGGGGCAUGUUUCCAAUGACUCUGCAGAUCCAUUUGAUGACUGGUAGUGUUUUGCUUCAAUCAGUGAUUAUGUGCGUCUGGUAUAUUGAAAUAGGGCCCUGUAUAUAGCAUACCGAAGUCUUCUGGAUCAAUCUUCCAGACAACAGGAAAUCACAUUUGUCAUUUGAAGGUCACAUGAUAAUUAAGGAGCUUACUCAUGUGUUUCUGUUUGGCUGUGGAAGUCCUACAACACUGGCAAGGAAAUGUUUCGUCUGGCAAAUCUAUGACUUUGGAUUAUCGUCCGAGUAAGAAGUGUAAAAGGUAAGUUUCUGUCGAUGAAUUCAUUCUUCAUAGUUAAAGAAGGUAUUUUUAAUUUGUUCUUGCACGUAUUUAAAAUCUUUAUCGGCACUAAAACAUUAGAUACAGAUGUCAUCAUGAACGUUGAAAGAAUAUAGUUUUUGAAAUGGAAAAUUCAAUUUUAGAAUUAAAAUUGAGUCGAUCCAGGUAUCAGAAGUAAACAGCAAAGCACUAAGUGAAAAAUAAAUAUAAAAUGAAACAGUAUUUAUCAUUUUCUAUAAGUGUCAUUGUGUUAAAUUUUCGUUUUGUCCCCACUUGACCUUACUUGCAGUUGUGCCAUUUUAGGGACAUUUCGUUGCCUUUCAUUCUUAAACUAAUGUACUUUUUCAGGAACCCUUGCAUUAGAGCUCUUUCUGCAUUUAGAUUUGCCAUAAUGUUAACUGUUUACCCUAUUAUAUUGAACAGAAAACCUUUCAAAUGAACAGUGUCUAACAAUGUUGCCCUCAUUUGUCAAGAAAUCCAUAAAAAAUUCCCCUCUCUCUCACUUGAUGCGUUGCUUAUGAGUAGAAAAUGAUAGCGUCUAAUCCCGACAAUGAGUGUUCAGCACUAUAAUACAAUUGUCGCUUUAAUGCCCGAUAGUGCCUGCUUCAAUAUCUUGUUGAUUGACAAAUUUCAUUUAUUCACCAUGUUAGAUUAUGUCACCGAAAGGAUAAUACAUGUACAUCUGAGUAUUUAUAAGUUUGAAUGUUCUUCUUAACCAAAUGAAUACGGAUACAUGUAAUAUUUAAUGCCAGCAUAGUUUGUCAAUUCCAAGUGCCUUUUUGGUAUUUUGCAACUGCUCAUGAGGUGAUGUGACGUUCAAUAUAGGCCAUAGAGUUCGAGUAGUCUGAAGUCUUGCCUCAAGUCAUGGAAUCACGAUUAAUGUGCGAGGAGCUUUGUUUCAGACUUCCAUAUGGAUUUUAAUCAGUCAAGUGCUUCUCAUAAAUAAGGAUGGAUCCAGGACCAAUUUUUUUCGGGGGGGGGCUGUGUUAGCCGGCCAAAAAUUGAAUUUUUUUUCAUGCUACCUCAUAUGACCUUUCUGAGAGGUGAAGCAACUCCAAAUCGUGUUUCGUGUUUCAAACCACUUUUUUCUUUUUGGGGGGCGGGGUGGCCCCGUAGCAUCUCCCUGAAUUUAGAAUCUCUCUGGAUCCACCCUCAGUAAGGAACUUUUUUUUU